GUCGUCGACGAGAUCAAGUAGGCGCCGCCGCGUGCACGAACUUCGCGUUGUUCUUUCGUUUCACGUCGUGACGACGUUCGAUUGUUUUUUUUUUUUUUGACGGACCGAGCGCGGAGGGGUAUCACCGCGGGGGCGGAAUGACGACGAUGGGGCGCGCCACGUGCCGGCGUCCCGUCGGACAUCCCGAAGAGUGUCGCGCUUAGACUCGAUUUUUUUUUUUUUUCGGAAUGGAAGUGGUAAACGGCAACCGGGUAGCGAGGACCCGUCCAAGGGGUCACCUUCACCACCAUAAUAAUGUUAUUUUGAGGGCGGGCGCGAAGUCGAGACGAUUUUCGAACGGCGUCGGCCAGCGCGUCGGCCGGAUUUGGUGCCGCAGGACUUUAAAUUUAAAGGGACGGACCGGCAGGGAUAAUUUGCAUCAAUUGCACCGUAAAUUGAACCGCGGUAGUAGCAUUGGCGCGGGGAGGUGCGCGGGAAGCGUCGGCGGCGAAGGGAGGAAGAGUAACGGGGACCCGGCCAGGUCGUCCGGCGUCGAACACGACGAUGCCGCCGCGGUCGGAAAGUUCACCAGGGAGGUGUACAACGCCAUCUGCCUGCGAUUAGGCGAUACGUCACACAUUCCUGAAGAAUCCGUCCAGGCCCUCUUCAACGACAUGCAUCUGUUCCCGUCGGAUACUCAAAUUUCGAAGAUGCUUCAGUGCGCGAGACAGUACAGCCGCCGAAAUGGGGCCAGCCAAAACUACCUUACCUUCGGUGAAUUUUGCUUCUUCAUCCGCGAGAUGCGAAACCAAGGCCCCAAAUCGUACAAGAAGCCGUUGUCGCAGCAGAAGGCGAACAACAAGUGCCUAAGUAACAAGUGUGAAGUGUUCCUGGGCGGAUCUUGUAACCCGACCACCUGGAGGGCGGACACCGCGAUACCCGAACUGCAGAAACACGGAAUAUCGUUUUACAAUCCUCAAGUGUCAAUAUGGGCCCCCGAAUUGUUGGCGCAGGAACACGACGCGAAGCAAUCGGCAUCGGUGUUGCUGUUCAUGAUCGACAGUCAGACGCGGAGCACCGUUGGAAUGGUGGAAGUAGCCUAUUUGGUAGCUAGCGGACGAUGUGUUAUUGUGGUAGCACAGCCCUACAGGAUAGGACAAAGUAUUAUGGGUGAAAUUAUAAGCGAUAAGGAAUACUACGACCUGGUCGAGGGCCAAAAGAGUUUGCUGGAUUUGGUUAGGUCGCGGGGAGUACAAAUACAUACUAGUCUUUCGACGGCGCUUCAAUGCACUGCGAAAAUUUUGAGGAACGUCACGUUGAACGAGACGAGCGCCGAGGAUCAGCUGACUUACAAGCUCAGGUUCCUGAGGGAGGUUUACGAUUCGUACGGGGGAGAGAUGCAGCUGUACGACGUGCGAGACGCCUACAGGAAAAUCACCAAUGGUUCGGUGGACGACACGAAGCUGCGCAACUACUGCAACUCGAGGCCCAACACGCGCAUAACCUUCGAGCAGUUUUGCGCACUGAUGGCGGAACUGUCGACUGACGGCUGCCGAAUGUGCACCACCGACGGUAGAUUCCAUUCUAUUAGCUCGUUGUGCUGGUCCUGCACACUUUUGAAGACGCGUUACAUGGUCGAUUCGGUACUCGUCAAACCGCUCACUAACGCCAUAGCAUGGGCCACGCAGUCGUUUCAGCGCCAGUGCUCAACCAACAACAACAACAACCCAUCUAAUUGCAUUGUGGAGCAAGCGCGGGCGCCGCCGCCCCCCGCGGCGGGGUCACGCGGUUACGACGUGUUUUUGGGGGGCAGCCUGUCCACGGGUACGAAAUGGAGGGACGAGAUUGCGGUGCCCGUCCUCGCCAGGCACCACUUGGAGUAUUACAACCCGGCGGUCAGGGAAUUGAACGGCUCGUCGUCGUCAGCGGCGUCGGAACGCAAUGGCUGGGAGUCGAGCGUCGCCGAGUGGAAAGGUACGAUAGAUCGGUGCAAGGUGGCGCUGUUCGUGAUAACGAGCGACACGCGGUCGCUGACGUCGAUGAUCCUCGCCGCUCAUUACAUCGGCAGCGGCAAAGAGGUGGUGCUCUGCGUGCAGCAGCUGCCGAUGGAGGGUUGUGUCGUCGCUAACGAGACGCUUACGAAGAACGCGGUAAAAGACUACAACCGCGCGAGGGCUUAUCUCAGAGACGUGGCGGAACGUAGACAGGUGCCCGUCUACGACGACGUCGCGGACGCCGCGGAGGCGGCCGCGAAACGGGCGGCGUCCUUAUAAUAAAUUUCGACCGCCGCCUCGGUUGCGGGGGCAGCUCUCUCUUCCGUAUUUUUACGCGUUCCGACGAUUCCAAGUACGCUUUUUCCCUUUUCCCUAUACAUAAUCUAUUUAUUUAUUCCAACGCGUUAGGGAUGGGGCGGGGUGGGGUGGGGGGACCCUAUCCGUCCGGGCCCCCGCUUUUACCCGGGGCCCGGACGGCGCGGCAACUAUUUUUUUUUCCACGUUUUUUAGCGCUUUAAAAUCCGUUUACACGUUUACUUAUUUAUUUUAUAUACAUUCAUAUAUUUUCUUAUACAUACAGUGUGUGGGUUGUUACGUACCUACGUUUUUUUUUUUCUUGUUAGUGGGGCGGGACCGCGUCUACAUUGUGCGACGCGACGUCUUUGUUUUUUUUUUCGUUUUUAACUAAUUACUUAAACAUAUUACGUUACUACUGUUCGCGUGUUUUAGGAAAGCCGUGGUGUAUUUAAAAUAUCACAGAUAAGAGAGCAAUUCGCCGCUCUGGUCCAUGGUCGGGAUUGACAUUUAGGCGUUAUCUAUUUCGUAGGGUUUUUUUUAUUUUUUAAUACGUCAGCCGAGAUUAUCUCCAUGGUAGUGAUGUCUAUAUGAAUAAAGGGAAAACGAAAAAGCGCGCGUCGCGGUAUUUAGUGAUAUUACACGUUCGAAAGCAAACAUCACAGUAGGCGAAUCACACAUCGUUUUUUAAGUUGAUAGGCAGCGUGUUAGUAUUCUUUGACGUUUGAGCCGUCAAAGUGCGUACUUAAGGUUCCGUCGAUUGUUCCCUCUGUAGCGCGCAAACGUUUGUUUUUCGCCGUUUUUUCCGGGUUCGUAUACGGGGUGACGUCUUUUAUUAAAAUUUAUAUACGGUGUACGUUGUCGUACGGGGUGUCCAAAUUUUUGGACUUUUUCCCUGCGCGAGGUGUGGCAAAGGACAAGUUUUUGCGUCUUUUUUGUUACUCGUUUAUAAUGGUGUUAAUGGUGCGAAGCAGGAAACUCGUAGCAAUUUUCGAAGCCACGACUAAAAAAUUUUACACUGAAACGAAAGUGGUAAAAACGGUAAUUUUUAUUCAAAAAUCGACUUGAAGCUUCGUCUGUCUUUAAUAAAUAAUAAAAGAUUCGUAGGAGCUGAAAAUUUUGAAAUUUUUUAAAUUCCGCUUCUGUCCCGUAAUUCAGAAAUUCAAUUUUGCCUUGUACGAAAAAACCGAUUUCUCCCUUUCCCCCGAUCCUCCAUGACGGAAAGGUCGAAAAAAAUGGACACUCUGUGCGGGUCGCAAUAAUAUCAUUCGUGGGCGGGAUGUGGCGCGCCUCCGGCUCAAAGUCGUAGAUUUACUCGGUUUUACCCAAACCCAGAUAAACAUCUGCGAGUCGGGCUCGGGAGGUCGCGUCCUCAUUAAAGGAAAAAGUUUUUUUAGGGGUUCCCUAUUCGGCGCUUUUUGCUCUGCCGUUUUAUCCGAUUUGACUCCGAGCGUUUUUUUAAAUGGCGUCCGGCGUUGUUGUUUUUUUUUACGAGAAUCCGUGUGGGGAGCGGGGUCUCUGUGGUCUGUAGUGCUGCUAUCGGAAUGCAUAGUACCUGAAUUAUAUAAAAGAAGUUGGAGAACGGUUCAUUUUGUUUUGUAAAUAUAGGCGUGUGUGCGUGUAUGUGGAGGAGAUCGGGCCGCGGCCGGCCCGCAGCGGGACGCGUAAUUUAUAUUUAGCCUUGUCGUUUAAAUAAAUCUAAAAAAAAUAUAUAACAAUCAAAGGAAGUUAAAAUUAACAGAAUCUCUCUCAGUCUCCUUACUAAUACGGUAAACUAAUGAAGGCGUUUUUGUUAUGCUUAGCGUUAGGAAUUGGAUAAUAUUUUUAUAGAAUGUUCGGAGCGGCAAAACACUAGGCAAAUUUGUUGUCGUCUCCCUAUCGGUUCGACGAGAUCGAGGGCCAAAUUUAAUAUACCGAAAAGUAGUUGUAGGUUAGUAGCUAAUUUUACCGUGUAUUUUUAGCGUAGACUUAUUCUAAUUGUUGUAAUUUAUUUCUCUUUUUUUUAAUGUCAUAAUAAAGUAACUAAAAGCAUUUGCGCCGUCUGUUUGUUUUCUACCCGUUUUUACGCUGACGCAUUG